CCGUUUGCGUGAAGGAAGGCAGCGCUCUAAAACAGACUCGACACGGUGCGCAGACAUGGUGAAGAUCACCUUCCACACGACUUCGGCGCAGAAGUCCGACAAAGACAACGACGACGACAAGUUUGUCAUUCCUCAGGGUCACGAGCAACUGGUUCUUCCCAUCAGUCCCAAGAAGCCUUUUCCAUCUGGCCUAUGCUGCCUCGUAGUUGGCCUGAUUAUCUUCAUCUCAGGACUGGUGCUGGCUUCUGUCUGCAUUUAUCGUAACCACUACGUACCUCAGCAGAUGCCCGAAGACAGCUUGUUCCACUGCCGCGUCAUCUUUGAGGACUCCUUCUUCUCUCCUCUAAGGGGCCAUCAAGAAAUCGAAGAGAAUGUCGGCAUCUACCUCAAAGACAACUAUGAACAGAUCAACGUCCCUCUGCCCCGCUUUGGAAGCAGUGACCCUGCCGAUAUCAUCCACGAUUUUCAACGAGGUCUCACAGCUUACCAUGACAUCGCUUUGGACAAAUGCUACAUCACCGAGUUGAAUACAUCCGUGGUCAUGCCUCCUCAGAGCCUGUGGGAGCUGCUCGUCAAUGUCAAGAGGGGGACGUACCUUCCUCAGACGUACCUUGUCCAGGAGGAGAUGACAGUGAUGGGGAGGGUGAGGAACAUGAGGCAGCUCGGCCCCUUCAUCCACCGACUCUGCUAUGGCAAAGAAACGUACCGCCUGAGGCGCCGCAACCAACGUCGACGCAUCGACAGGCGUGAGACGACGAAGUGCCACAGUAUUCGUCACUUCGAGAACACUUUUGUGGUUGAGACGGUGAUAUGCGACAGGGUCUAGCACUUCCGAACAAUGAAACCAACUGCAAACCAUACCUCUUGAAUUAUUUAGGCGUUUAAUUGCACUUUAAGAGCAACGUUUAGUCCACUAGUUUUCCAUUUAUUUAUUUAUUUUUUUUUUUUUUAAUGUCACACUUUGGACUGAAAAUGCUCUUCUUUCCUUUUUUUUUUCUUGUUCCCAUGUGCAUUGUCUUUUCUGUAUGUAUGUGACGUCAUAAAGGUGUGAAGAUAUAUCUGUAGGUUGUCACAUUGUGUGGGAGAUUUUUUUUUUUUUUUUUUUGUAAUGCUGCAACCCAAUUUAAAUAUUUUACAUAUAUCCUUAUUGUUUUUGAGUUACCAAGUGCUGCCUAUACUGUGCACUCAAGUGAAUGUGUUAUAUGGGAGCUCAUUUACAUUUUUUAGUUUUCAAUGUUAAAAAAAGCAAAAUAGCAAAACAUACCUCAUGUACUUUAGACGUUUCUUUGCUGGUCUUAUUAUUUAUGACUACUGUACAUACAUAACUGAUUGUUCCUAAGCAAUAUAUACUGUAAAUUAGUUUUACUUUUAGAAGUCAUAUCAUUACA